UGCGCAGCCGGAUGUUGACAGGCUCUCUGCUGUGUUUGAGCUGUAACUGUUACCGCUAUCACGUUUCUCGUAGUCUCCACAUCUAGAACUUUCCUGUCACUCCAGAAACAGUGCACAUCCACAGAAGCAGAUGGCAACCGAACGCAGCUUCCCCGAUAGCUUCAUUGACGAAGAUCCACAGAAAGCUCUGCAGGAGCUUAACGAGGCCUUACAAGGAGACUCAGACAACGCUGAGUGGUUUUGUCAGCGUGCCUAUGCCCACAUACUGCUCAAGAACUACAGCUGUGCUGCUGAUGACGCCAAGAAAGCACAACAGCUAAAACCCAGCCUCUCCCUUGCUUUCAUGCGCACAGGAAUAGCCGAAUAUCACCUGAACAACUAUGAGUCAGCGCAUGCAGCCUUCACUCAGGGACACCAACUGGACGAUUCUGACAAAACCUUUGAGGUCUGGAUCAAGCGGUGUGAGGAGAUGAUGGAAAAUAAGACACAAAACAACAACGUCAACACGACACCAGCGGCUCCACCUGUGAAGCACGACUGGUACCAAACAGAAUCGCAAGUCAUUGUCACAGUGAUGGUGAAAAAUGUACCCAAGGAUGGCGUGCAUGUCAGCUUCAUGGAAAAGGAGAUGUCUGCCACAAUACAGCUGCCAUCAGGGGAUAACUACAACCUCAACCUCCACCUUCUACACCCUGUUGUCCCCCAACAGAGCAGCUUCAAGAUCCUCACCACUAAGGCUCCCUCUGCUGCACUUAUGGACGCGCAGGGUACCCCCCUCGCGUCGGGAAUUGACGUGAAGAGUCCUCCGAUUGAAGAGAUUGCUGCAGAAGUGCCUGUUGAAAUCACUUUGUAG